AUGGAGUUCAGGCAGGUCAAGCCNCCUGAUCUUAAAGAAACGAGCCUCAACAAACUAGCCGCCUAUAUCGUUGCUCAAUUCAGGGUCUGCAAGCAUAGAUCGUCGAUUUGCCCUUACCGCUACGAAGAAGUCGAUGAGCUACAGCUCGAUCUUGACGAAGACAUGGACGAUCAUGACUGGAGCCCCUCUGGUCUUGCGUGCCGUACGCGCACCAAGCUUUCGGAGUACCGUGCAGCGUGUAAGACACUGUUUGACAUCCUCCACCGAGACGAUUUGCUGCGCAACCCCUAUCUCACUUGGCCCAAUAAGGAUCUUAUCACCUCGCUCAACCAACGUGCUAUCGCUCUACCUCGUCAUCGGGUCAAAUCAUCGUACGCGUUGGCUUUGAAGCAAGCUGAUGAGACUCGCGUUUUCGAACUCAUGGACUUGCCUCAAGAGAUCCGUUCGAUGGUCUACGAGUCGGCUCUACUCCUGGGUACAGAGCCUGACCACUCCUGCAACCCAAACGUUGAGCCUGCAGCCAAACCUGCUCUACUACAGACCUGCCGUCAAGUUCGUCAAGAGGGAACAGCCAUCUUCUUCCGCAUCAACCGCUUUCUUCUCCAUUCUCAUCUGUUUCGCCCCAACGACCUCUACCCUCGUACUGAAUCCUGGUUGAGGGACUACCUGAGCGCCGAUCACCUGUCGAACUUAAGCUACGUAACCCUUGCCUCGCAGUGCUGCCGCAACUGUCCCAGUUAUCAUAUCAACAUCGAUCUCUGCUGCCGCGACCCUCUGAAGUGGACAAUCCGCAAACGCCAAUCUUCCUCUCACCUGCUCUCCUGUGAGGACCAGCCCGACCCACCAGCAAUCACUUUCUUGCAAGAGAGGCGCGGAGUUGUUGUUGCAAAGUCUCCUCAGAGCGCNCAAAAAGUCGUCAAGAACAUCGCUACUGCCAAAGAAGCCCUUGGCAAGCUGUGGAAAACGUGUGGUCAAGGAGGUAAAAUGAGACCUUCGAAUGCAGGACUUCUGGAAUUGAUGACAGAUGUGCACAAGGUCAACAUGAAUUUCAUGGUAGACUCAUGA